GCUACGUGCCUUCAGUCAUCACUCACCAGCUGCCUAUCGCUGUGUCUGUGUCUGUGUUGUGUUGUUAGCGUAGAAAUGACGAGCUCAGAUUCAUCCACAGUUCGCUCUGUCGCGUGAGGUGAAACAGCUCAGCUGCAGACGUCUGUCUACACGGGACUGGUGCAUCAAACUAGCAGUGCAAGACAACACGCAAGAAACACACAGCCGCUCACUCGCUACAGUCCUUGCCCCUUCUGCUGUUCUUCCAGCCACUGCAUCGCCUGGCCACACAGCUGCUCCGCCUGCUCCAGAUUCACCUUGGCGACGGUCUUGACGUGCGAGUCCUUGAAGUUCUGCAGGAACCGCUCGGCCUGCUGGGCGGCGUCAGGGUGGUCUUUGAACAUGCGCUGCACGUGCUCCGCAAGAUCACGCCAAAAUGCGUCGGCCGCAGCCGGCAGGGACUUAGGUGAUGCCAUGGAUUCAACGCAUGGAUCCUCU